AUGUCUUUCAACGAUAUUUCUGAUGAUGAAACUUUGGACCAAACACCUCUUGCUGAUAUUCAAAGGAGUCGUGUUCGACAGAGAGCAGCACGUAAUUUAAGAGAUGUGAUACAAGACAGCGAGCAUGAAGACUGUCUAAGCGAGGAUGAUGUAAGGACGGAUGAAUUCCUGGCAACAAGUCCUGAUAUCCUUCAUCAGAAUUCAUCCACAUCAAGACAAGUAAGCAGAAUAAGUCAAACACCAGUCCGGAACAUGUUGAAUACUCCAAGCACUAGUAGUAUUAAUACACCAAGCACAAGUAGUAUUAAUACACCAAGGACAAGUGGUGUUGGCAGCAGUGGUCCUUGUAGAGAGUCCAGAGGAAAUCUUGCACUGAAAGCACAGACAGCACAUGACAACAGCUCUGCAAAAUCCAAAGAAAAUCUGGUAGUUCCAAUAGGAGUUAAGAAUGCUGUGAAACAAGGGUACAAGGAUGGAGAAGAAAAAGGUCUCUGUUGGAGCUUUGAAGGAAAAAGAGUUAGUGAUGCAGUAAACAAAAAUAUGACAUCACAUAUUGUGACAUUUGUUAAAGGCUGGAAUCCAGCAUACAAUGACAUCACCGUAUUGAAUUGUGCAAUGGCAAGAUAUUUUUCAACCAAGAAGCAGCAGCAAUCUGCUAUAAGCAAGAACAAGUAUGAGGGUGAAAAGAGAAAAAGAGCUCUGUAUGAAAGGAAAAAGGAGAAAGCAAAAAGAAGACUAGUAGCACUUGAAAAUCAUGAUAUUAGCGCAGUAAAAAAGGCCAAAAUUACAGAGGCUUUAAAGCCAAUGUACAUGUCCUCAGAUGAAGAAGGCCAAGAGGGUUUUAUAACCCAUCAACCCUCUUGGCAGUCGCCCAAGUUCAAAGAGUAUAAAGCCAAAUUGGAUGGAGCAUAUUUAGAUAUAUGCUCCACCAAGAGCAGAAGACUUUUGCAGACCAGAGUCAGAGGGGACAUGAACAAUAAAGAGACCCCAGAUGUGGGGGAUAACUUGAAGUGGAUGAUCAAAUAAUAAUUAAAAAACAAAUU